AUGGCUUCCCAAGAUGGAUCCGACCAUGGUGAUUCCGGAUCACGGCAAAAUGCCUUAUCUAGGGAACAAGAGCGCGCAAGUGUGGGAACUUUCACUCUCACAGAUCUCAUUACAGCUAUACAGGCUAUGGGGGAAACCCAGAGGGAGAUGAUGGACACUAUCAAGGAAUUAAAAAAUGCCAUCUCUAAGCCAAGUGAAGACGACGACAGACAUCCACAAGAAGAAUCUGCUGCUGCUGGAAAAGGGUCUGAACAAAAAGGACCAUCUUUUGUUACCCAGGAGGAUGUCGUUGCCAUGCUGGAAAAAGAGCUUAGUCGAAGCCAGGAGGAUUGGAAGUACAUUCCUCAGCCACCGUACCCAUCAAGCUUAAUGCAGCAGCCCUAUCCCAAAGGUUACGAGACACCAAGCUUUGUUCUUUUCGAUAGGAGGAAAGGAAGCCCGAAGGAACAUGUCAAUCGAUUCCUCAAUGCUUUGGGACCACAUGCUGGUGAUUAUAAUCUUCGACUCCGAGAAUUCUCAAAGAGCCUCACUGAUCGGGCUUAUACGUGGUACACCACAUUGGCACCAGCCUCACUGAUCAGGUUUUGUAAAAAAUAUUUUCAGCAUGAGGAGAGGGUUACCACUACACAGCUCAACAACACUCGCCAAAAGCAAGGGGAGGAUCUUGUGGACUUUGUACGAAGGUUCCAAGACUUGGCUCUUGACUGCUAUGACGAAAAUGACGAGGAGGCAGUUGUCGAGAUUUGCAUCAGCAACAUCGUGGCAGAUUAUAGAGUUUACUUGGAGAAUAUUGGCAUCAGUCAAUUUUCUUGGCUGCUGGAAGUAGUGAGGAAGACGAGCAUGUCUAUCAAACCACUCGGGCAAAGAAGUUGGAGGAGCGAGAAGAAGGAAGCAUAUCAAACGCUGGUCGUAGACGAUAAGUUAUCCAAUGACUAUAAUUCACGCAAACGAAAGGAUAGGGAAACAUACCCUCCAUUACCGUGCAAGUACGAAGAAUUUCAUGCCAUUCUUGACACGAUGAUAGCUGACGACGCAAUCAAGCCCCUUAGGCCCUACAAGGUCCCUACUAGAGAAGAGAAAAAUGACCCCAGGGGAAAGGAGGUAGCUGUUGUUGUAACAUGUUUUGACGAUCUGCUCGAUGAUGAUGAACUAUGUUACCCAUGGAAGAAUGACCCGAAGCCACCUGAGGCUAUUUGGGAGCCUUGGGGAAACAUGGAGAAAGCUUAUUGGCGAAAAUAUUCAGAACCUUCGAGCUACAAUACGCCAUGGCCACUUGCUGAUGGAUGGGACAAAUGUGCAGACAACGAAGUGUUUAUGUUGGACAUGUCGGAAGAACAACGCCUAGGAACCUCCUCUGGGCAGCAGGAAACGGUUACUGUAACAUUUCAUGCUCUUACAGAAGUUGAGGCAACUGUAAUGGAGCGUUACCUAGGUUUGAAGCAAGAACCUACAGCUUCGCAAGUUCUCCAAAGAAAUCCAAAGUUCAAGUCACUCUUUGACCAGCUUGGUUUUGGACCUCAGGCAAGGGAAGCAGCUGUUGUAGCUCUCAUGAACAUUUCCGCAGAAUCUAAUCCCCAUUGCUUCACCGCUCAACCCCAAAGGUCAUUCUUGGAAAAUGAUAAUGCUAUCGUUUUCACGGAUGAAGACAUGAAGGUCUCAUAUCUGGAUCACAAGAGGCCACUUUAUUUGGAGGGACAAAUCAACGAUGUAUUUAUAAGAAGGGCUUUGGUAGACACGGGUUCCUCUGUCAACAUAUUACCCUUGUCCGUGCUUACAGCAGCUGGCAUUCCAUUAUCCAAAAUUGUCCAAUCACAAACAAGCAUAAGUGGUUUCGGGAACAAGAGUGAAGUCACAGUUGGACAUAUGCAAGUAAAUUUGAAGGUUGGACCGAUUCGGUCACUUACUAAGUUCCAUGUCGUGGAUGUGGAUGUGGAUGUGGCUUAUCAUGCUUUGCUUGGGACGCAAUGGCUUAAUAAGCAUAAGCUUGUGGUCUCUACUUACUAUCACUACGUGAAGGGAAGGAUUGGGCUAAGGCCGCUGCGAAUACCUGGAAAUCAAGCACCGUUCAACAAAAACGAAGCUCACUACUCUGAGGUAGAGUUUUACACCGAAUGCACAGGUGCCGGAAGCAACCCACCCAAGGAUUUCGGGACUUACCUUCCUUCGUGGACUGAAAUUCGUGAUCUAAGCAUUGAAGAGCUCAUCACCAUUGUCGACCAAGAAAGAAAGAGACAUUCGGAGGUCAACAAUCAUGCCUAUGAUCAUCCCCAAUGCUCGAAAGUGACGCUACUCAAUGGGCGCACUGUUCGCAAGGAUCCAGAUGACAAGGCACCUCUGCCUUGUACCUUUCAGGAACCAAUGACAGCGCCCAAGCACAUGCAAGAUGGCUCAACAGCAGUAGCUGAGCAGUUGGAAAUAGUUGAUUUGAGUGAUGAUCCCUCUAUCCCAAGACCCAUCUCUAUCAGUGUUCAUUUAACAAGGGAAGAGAAGGAAGCUUUGGUAUCUUUGUUGAAAGAAUUUCGAGAUGUGUUUGCUUGGAGCUACGAAGAGAUGCCCGGUCUUAAUCCGAAUUUGGUAAGUCACACGCUGAAUAUUGAGCUCGGUACAAAACCUGUUGUACAGCCAAGAAGGAAUUUUCAUCCUGAAAUUGAGAAGCAAAUCAAAGUGGAAAUUGAAAAGCUGUUAGCUAUUGGAUUCAUCAAGCCAAUCAAACACCCGACAUGGCUAGCAAAUAUUGUGCCCGUGAAGAAGAAAAUCGGGGUAAUCAGAAUAUGCACAGACUACCGUGAUCUCAAUCGAGCCUGCCCAGAAGAUGAGUUCCCACUGCCCAACAUGGAUAUUUUGAUCGAUUCAACCUCGGGUCAAGGCAUGCUGUCCUUCAUGGACGGAUUUAGUGGCUAUAAUCAAAUCAAGAUGUCUCCUAAGGAUGCCAAGAAAACAACCUUUCGAACACCAUAUGUGAACUUUUGUUAUACCGUCAUGCCAUUUGGUCUUAAGAACGCUGGCGCCACCUACCAAAGGGCCAUGACGGCAGUGUUUCAUGAUAUGAUGGGGAGAGAAGUCGAGGAUUAUAUGGACGACUUGGUGCGCUUGCGACACUACUUUCUAGCUCACAAGCUACAGCUCAUAGUAAAAUCCGAUCAUGUGAGAUAUCUGCUUACAAGGCCAGUGCUGUCUAGUCGUCUUACGCGUUGGCUGCUGCAGCUAUCUGAAUUUGAUAUUACAUGCACAACUCUUAAGGCCAUCAAGGGACAAGCUGUGAUUGACAUGCUGGCUCUAUUUCCCGAGAUAGAAGAAUCAACUCUUUCCAAGGAGGUUUUGGGGGAGCUGCCGGAAAUGGUGGCUGCUGUGAUAGAGAAAGAAUCAUGGACCCUCUACUUUGAUGGGUCUUCUACAUCAAAGGGUGGAGGAGCAGGUGUAGUGCUUAUUAAUCCCGAUGGGCAUGCUACAGCUUUCUCAUUCAAGUUAGAUUUUCCAUGCACAAACAAUGUGACAGAGUAUGAGGCUUUUAUUAUGGGAUUGUCCACUGCCAAGGAAAUGGGUGCAGAAAGGAUGAAGGUCAUUGGCGACUCUAUUUUGGUGCUAAGUCAAUUGCAAGGAAGCUUUGCUGUGAAGGAGGUGACCUUGGCACCAUAUCGGACAGCUGCUGAAAGGCUUAUUAAUUCUUUCAAGCAAAUAGUGAUGGAGCACAUUCCAGGAGUCACCAAUAGUAAUAAGGAAGGGCACACCGAUAGUCGAAGCAAUGGUCUAGGUGGAGCUGCUGGAAGAAGACGAUUGGAGAAAAAGCUGGGUGAAGAGAGUGGUAUUAAGGAUUUGAAAGAUUACGUGAUUAUCUUUGGGGAACUCUACAUGCGUCUUCCAGGAGGCGUUUUGACUCGAUGCAUAGGAAUAAUUGAAGCGAGAAGGCGGCUGCAAGAAGUGCACGAUGCUACUUGCAGUUUGGAACCAGUAAUUAGCUUGUAUCGGCGCCUGCAGCGUAAAGGUUAUUUUUGGCCAGAAAUGAGGAAACAAGCGGCUGAAGUUCAGGCUAGUUGUCCCAAAUGUUUUACAAUACCUACUACCGAGGAAUCUUUCACCAUUUCACUCGCAUAA